AGAGAGAGAGAGAGAGAGAGAGAAUUAGAGGAAAAAGAUUCUGUGUGUCUGAUGUGGAUUCUGUUAAGCUGAUAUACAUAUGUUUUUAGAUUUGGAAUUAAGUUUCUUCCCAUCUUCCAUUUCCUGCACUAGACUGGUUAAAGGAAUAACUGCCAGAAGAUGGAAACAGAGCUCUAUAAAUCCCUGAAGGAAGUCCCAAAGGGAUCCCUCGAAAGAUCUUCUCUUAAGUCAGUGGAGGGAGUACAGCUGUUACAUUCAACUGCCGAUAACUGGGAAAAGAUUGCUUGUUUCCAAGCGAAGCCUGAUGACUUGCUCAUAGCCACUUUUCCAAAGGCAGGAACAACAUGGAUGCAAGAAAUUGUUGACAUGAUAAACAAUGAUGGAGAUAUAGAAAAAUGCAGAAGGGCACCAACAUACAUAAGGUUUCCAUUCUUGGAAUUCUGGUCCCCUCUUCCUACACCAAAAGGUAUUGAAAGGGCAGCAGAAAUGCCAUCCCCUCGGGUGUUUAAGACUCACUUACCAUUCCAUCUUGUGCCCAAAUCAUUCUGGGAGCAGAACUGUAAGGUGAUCUAUGUUGCAAGGAAUGCCAAAGACACUGCUGUAUCGUAUUACUUCUUUGACAAGAUGAACUUGAUUCAGCCAGAUCCAGGGACCUGGGAAGAGUAUCUGCAACGAUUCAUGCAAGGAAAUGUUGUCGCUGGAUCCUGGCAUGAUCAUGUCAACGCAUUUUGGGAGAAGAAGGACAAAUAUAGAAUCCUUUACAUAUUUUAUGAAAAAUUGAAGGAGAACCCAGAACGAGAGAUCCGGAAUGUGAUGGCAUUUCUUGAGAAGGAGUUGCCAGAUGAUAUUGUGCAGAAGAUUGUUAACCACACUUCUUUCACGGCUAUGAAAGAGAACCACAUGUCCAACUACAGCACUUUGCCCGAUAGCAUAUUUGAUCACAGAUUCUCUUUCAUGAGAAAAGGUGAUGUUGGAGACUGGAAAAAUCACUUCACUGUGGCACAGAAUGAAGAAUUUGAAGAUGACUAUAGAAAAAAGAUGGCAGGAACUUCUCUAAAAUUCCACUUUGAGCUCUGACAUCAAGAAAGGGAAUGAAACUGCUGGCAAACACCACAUUAAUAAUACUUAGCAUUUAUGUAUUAAGAUUCUGUCCAUCAAACUACAUCACUGACAUUUAUUAAAGUAAAUCAAUUAACAGCA